AUGGCUGGGAUCAAGGGUCCUCAUGUUGAUUCGCCAGAAGAUGAAAAGGCCCGAUGCAAGGGAUCGGUUCAGCCAACAUCUGCCCCAUCAAAAUCUACUGGCGAUACCAUUCGUGCAAGUGUUCUGGACGACUAUGAUGCUGAAAAAAUCCUCCCAUAUGAAGCAGACGAUUCUCCAUUUCCUGAGGUCCGCGCUGUGGUGCAGCCAGUUGACGACGUGAGUCUGCCUGUCAACACAGUGCGCGUCUGGGUGAUCGGCAUCGUAUUCACUAUUGUCGGAAGUGGGUUGAAUCAGUUCUUUAGUCUACGACAGCCUAGCGUCAGCAUUAGUGCUCUGGUUGCGCAGCUCGUGGCGUAUCCGGUCGGUUGCGCGUGGGCAAGAUGGGUGCCACUGGGCUGGGUCAAUCAGAACAGACAUUUCAAUAUCAAGGAGCAUGCUUUGAUCACAAUCAUGGCCAAUGUCUCCUUUGGGUCCGCUGCAGCCACCCAGGUGAUUGAGGCUACCGUCAGAUUUUACGGGAUGCCUUCACGAGGUGGGUUCCAUCUUCUGCUGACAAUUACGACACAAUUACUUGGCUUCGGUCUCGCGGGAAUGGCUUCGCGCUGGCUCGUCGGCCCUGCUACGAUGAUCUGGCCCGGGGUGUUAUCAAACGCUGCGUUGCUACAGACAUUGCAUUCGCGCAGCAAUCUACUUGCGGAUGGAUGGAUUGUGUCCCGCCUUCGUUUCUUUCUGAUAGUGUUUACCGUCGGCGCUAUCUGGUACUUUGUCCCGGGCUAUCUGUUCACCGCGUUGAGCACGUUCAGCUUCAUUUGCUGGAUCGCCCCGCAGAACGUCGUCGUCAAUCAGCUGUUUGGGCAAGAGACUGGGCUGGGGAUGUCUCUUUUGACCUUUGACUGGGCACAGGUCGUUUUCGCGAAUCAAAGCCCGCUACUCGUUCCUUUCUGGGCGGGACUCAAUGUGAUGGGGUCGUUUGCCCUGUUUUACUGGAUCAUCUGUCCCAUCAUCUAUUACACCAACACAUGGUACUCGGCCUAUAUGCCUAUGAUGAACUCCAAUACGUUUGACAACACUGGCAGGCCAUACCACACCAAGCAGGUCAUGAAUAGGGAUGGGACAGUUGAUACAAUGGCGUACCGCCAUUACUCGCCCAUGUUUCUUCCGGCAGGCUACGCACUGACAUAUGGAAUCGCAUUCGCCAACCUUACGGGCAUCUUUGUCCAUGUUGCGCUGUAUAAUGGAAAGGAUCUGUGGGAACAGUGGAAAGGCAGGAACAAGAAGGAUAUCCAUGCGCGAUUGAUUGCUGCCUACGCAGACGUUCCAUGGUGGUGGUUUGCCGGUGUAACCAUUCUGAUAUUCGUUCUCGGCAUUGUCACCAACGAAGUCUGGCAUACAGGGCUUCCUUCUUGGGCUGUUUUGGUAGCGUUCAUCCUUCCCAUGAUCUACUUCGUCCCAGUUGGGAUCAUCAAGGCUACCACCAACAUCAGCAGCAAUCAAUUGAACCUUAUCACGGAGUUCAUCGGAGGGUAUGCUUUUCUGGGACGGCCUCUGGCAAAUAUGGUGUUCAAGUUCUACGGCUAUGUGGCUGUCUCCCAGGGGCUAGAAUUUGUGGCCGAUAUGAAGCUCGCUCAUUAUCUCCACAUCGCCCCACGGACGCUGUUCAUGGCUCAAGGAUUAGCCACACUCGUUGGAGCCAUCGUCCAAUGCGGUGUCUCUGUCUUUAUGAUCACAAGAUUUGACGACAUCUGCACUCCAGAGGCGGAUGGUGGAUUUACUUGUCCUCACGGUCGAGUGACCUACUCGGCUUCUUUGAUAUGGGGCGCCCUGGGUCCCGGACGGAACUUCUCUCCCGGUCAAAUCUAUGGUAACCUCCUCUGGUUCUUCCUGGCCGGACCAGUAGUAAUUGUCAUCACCUUUGUCCUUGGACGGCGCUGGAAGUGGUUUAACAAGAUCUCAUGGCCUGUCGCCUUUGGAGCCAUGAGUCUUGUUCCGCCUGCGACAGGGAUCAAUUUCUCCUCGUGGUGGGUGGUCAAUGUGAUCUUCAAUGGGGUCAUCAAGCGGAGGAAGCCCGCAUGGUGGUCCAAGUACAAUUACGUUCUGUCUGCCGCCCUCGACUCUGGCGUCGCCGUGGCCACCGUCAUCAUCUUCUUUUGCAUCAUGCUUCCAGCCGGCCCAUUGCACUGGUGGGGGAACAGUGUGUAUCGCCAAUGCGCUGAUGGCAGGGGGACGCCGUGGAAAUCCUUGCCAUCUUCGGGAUAUUUUGGACCACCGAGGGGGACAUGGGAGUAG